AUGCCCGGCUUUGACUUCAGUAAUUACAACCGCAAUGCAGCUCUUCACGCACGUGGCGUACCGCUCCCCAAGGCGACCAGUACCGGUACAACGAUAGUAGGGUGCAUAUUCGACAAUGGCGUUGUGAUCGCGGCAGAUACUAGAGCAACGAGCGGCCCUAUAGUUGCUGACAAGAACUGCGAAAAGUUACAUUAUAUCUCUCCCAACAUCUGGUGCGCCGGCGCCGGUACUGCUGCCGACACCGAGUUUACCACCGCCCUCAUUUCCUCCAACCUCGAACUUCAUUCUCUGUCCACAGGCCGGACACCUCGCGUUGUCACAGUCAUGACCAUGCUCAAGCAGCACUUGUUCCGAUACCAGGGUCACAUUGGUGCGUACCUAGUUGUUGCUGGCGUCGACCCCACAGGUGUCGGCUUGUUCACAGUUCAUGCCCACGGUUCGACGGAUAAACUCCCUUACGUGACCAUGGGUUCGGGAUCUUUGGCAGCCAUGGCUGUUUUCGAAUCGACGUGGAAGCGGGACUGCACGAAAGAGGAGGCCAUCAAGGUCUGUUCAGAAGCCAUCUUGGCUGGUAUCUUCAACGAUCUGGGCUCAGGCAGCAACGUGGAUGUUUGCGUGAUUGAGAAGGACAAGCCAACAGAGCUGCUGCGCAACUACAUCCGGCCAAAUGAACGGGCCAAGAAGGAGCGCGACUACAAAUUCCCCCGCGGAACGACUGCGGUACUCAACGAGAAGGUGAUCACCAAAGAAGAGAUUGGCCGCUAUGUCACUGUGCAUGAGUUUGGCAGUGGCAGUGAUUCGGACAGUCUGGUCGUGGUGGAGAAGAUGGACGUGGACGAAGUGUAG